AUGGCGGCGGCGGCGGCGGCGGGCGCGGGCCCGGAGAUGGUCCGCGGGCAGGUGUUCGACGUGGGGCCGCGCUACACCAACCUCUCGUACAUUGGCGAGGGCGCCUACGGCAUGGUGUGCUCUGCUUAUGAUAAUGUCAACAAAGUUCGAGUAGCUAUCAAGAAAAUCAGUCCUUUUGAGCACCAGACCUACUGCCAGAGAACCCUGAGGGAGAUAAAAAUUCUACUGCGCUUCAGACACGAGAACAUCAUUGGAAUCAAUGACAUUAUUCGAGCGCCAACCAUCGAGCAAAUGAAAGAUGUAUAUAUAGUACAGGACCUCAUGGAAACAGAUCUCUACAAGCUCUUGAAGACACAACACCUCAGCAACGACCAUAUCUGCUAUUUUCUUUACCAGAUCCUCAGAGGGUUAAAAUAUAUCCAUUCAGCUAACGUACUGCAUCGUGACCUCAAACCUUCCAACCUGCUGCUCAACACCACCUGUGAUCUCAAGAUCUGUGAUUUUGGCUUGGCCCGAGUUGCAGAUCCAGACCAUGAUCACACAGGGUUCCUGACAGAAUAUGUAGCCACGCGUUGGUACAGGGCUCCAGAAAUUAUGUUGAAUUCCAAGGGCUAUACCAAGUCCAUUGAUAUUUGGUCUGUAGGCUGCAUUCUGGCAGAGAUGCUCUCCAACAGGCCCAUCUUCCCAGGGAAGCAUUACCUUGACCAGCUGAACCACAUUCUGGGUAUUCUUGGAUCCCCAUCACAGGAAGACCUGAACUGCAUAAUCAAUCUAAAAGCUAGAAACUAUUUGCUUUCUCUCCCACACAAAAAUAAGGUGCCAUGGAACAGGCUGUUCCCAAAUGCUGAUUCCAAAGCUCUGGAUUUACUGGACAAAAUGUUGACCUUCAACCCUCACAAGAGGAUUGAAGUAGAACAGGCACUAGCCCACCCGUAUCUGGAGCAGUAUUAUGACCCGAGUGAUGAGCCCAUCGCUGAAGCACCAUUCAAGUUUGACAUGGAAUUGGAUGACUUGCCUAAGGAGAAGCUCAAAGAACUCAUUUUUGAAGAGACUGCUAGAUUCCAGCCUGGAUAUAGAUCUUAA